AGCAGGUGCCGCAAGAGAAGCAAAGCUAACGCCAUCCAUCCAUCCGUCCGCGGCCGUAUCGCAAGACCACGCUGAAAAGGCAGCAACUAAAAUUCUUGGCUGAAAAUGAGCGCUGUGGUACCCAACCAUCGAAGGACCAAACCAGGAGCAAGCCUAAGAGUCAUUCAUGCGAAAGGCUGCAGUCAUUUGCUUGGACGCGGAGCCACAAAGUAAGGCAAGUGGAUGUAAUGCUGUUGCCAUUGCAGGCAUCAAGCCUGGAGCUGCUCUCGCUGGCGUCACUGGACCCACAUCCCAAAUCCCUGGUCUGUCCCAGACCGCUGACGAAACGUCUCCAGUGGAAAGGAUCAGUGGUCGACGGGUGGGCAUUUUUGAGACAGACUCGGACUAUGUCAAGCUUGCGAAGCAGGGUGGACACAAAGGUUUAUUGAGUCAUGAACUGGAGGCCAAUGAGAAACCAAAGAAGUCCUACACCGCUACCAACUGGUUUGGAGGUGAUGACUCAAAGAACGAAAGCAAAGCAACUUCUCCCGACGACCAGUCGAAGGGAGGCCGGCAGCUACUCGCUGCACCGUUUGGCACUGAUAACAAUUCCACCUGGGAAAGGGAGACUGAUAGAUUUGCUGUUGAAAAAAAUAAGAUGUCCCCUGAUGGCACAGCCUCCGAUCUUCAGGGUCUGUCCUUGACCAGCAAAUACAAGCGAACAUCAUUUGACAAGAAGGCUCCUCCGGUCAGCAUGUCCAAGCUGCUCAGUCAUGGUUACAUGGAGGAAAAGAAAAAAUCUCCUAAUGAUGACGACACCUCAAGUGUGACUUCUGAACAGACCAGCACUAUUGCGACCGAGGACGUGGACGAUGAUGAUCUGGAGUGAAGAAGGAACCGGGUGGUGGAUCGUCACAGUCACACUAAUAUCCACGACUGUUUUGUGCUUAUGUUUAUGCAAAAGUAUUGUUUUUAUUUAUUUGCUUCACAUUGUGAGAGUAAUCCACAUAGAGUUUAAAUAGAUGUGUCAGUGCUGUAUUUUUUACAUUUGAUAAGCUCAAUUUGAAGGACAGGCAACACAAAGGGUGCGAGAAACUUGUGUCAUUCGCUCGUACAGUCUACUGUAUUUGCAUUGCCGUGUUAAGUUUCAGCCUUGCGUCCUGGUUGUAUGAAGAUUGAGUUGAUGUGUUUUAACUGUUAAUACUGGGAAAAAAAAGUGAUGUGGUACUAGUUCUAGUGAUGUUUGAGUUGAGGGCUACUCGUGUGUCAUGUGUGCCAGCUCUCCAAAAUGCCAGUAUAUUCCAAGUCUAUUUCAUGGGGCCAAAAUGAAGUUUUUAUACUUGA